AUGCUGGCGAGAGCCGACGGAACUCAUAUUGACGAAAGUGUCGUCCGUGCAAUCGUGGUCAAAAACCUCGAUUGUGCAUUGAGGUACUGUCUUGACCAGGAUAUGCUUGUGCGUAGAGCGGCACACUAUGUGGUUAGAAACCAUGUCUGGGGCGGCCUUGGCUACAUGAAUGAGCUGGUCGCGGAAGUCAUGCUCUGUCAGAUGAGAGAGAUUUGGUCUUUGAGUGCGCAGAUGCUUCCCGGAGAGACCUGGGCUUAUGCGCAGCUUUGCCUGCAACAUCUCGAAGAUCUCCUGACAUCACUGACGAAGCCUCAACGACAGGAGUGGGCGUCCUUCUUGGUCGCAGCCCUACACACUGUUCAAUCUGCCUCAGCGGCAUCUCGAGCCAAAAUGCCAGAUCCGGGUACUUCAGGAGCUAAAGCUCCUUGGCUUGCUGAUGACGAUCCCAAUCGAUCCUAUGCGGAUACAAAGCGGCAGCUGGAGGACGUAAGGACAUCUCCUAACCUCCAAGACGUGCGGGAGACGAUGCGAAGCCUCUUAGUGACCUGA